AUGACCCCUGUGGAAAGAGAAGCACUCAUGGAGCACAUUGAUUCAAAACUUGCAGCUGGAAAGAUUGUGCCAACCACCUCACCAGCAGGAGCUCCACUAAAUGCCAUCACAAUCAAGGACACAUAUGCACUACCCAGACAGGACAAGCUAAUUGAGAAAUUGUGCCAUGCUAAGAUCUCCAGAAAGCUGGGUUUGAGGAAUGGGUAUCACAACAUCAGAAUUGAGGAAGGAGGUGAAUGGAAGGCUGCAUUUUGCACUGCCCUUGGUCACUUUGCUCCCACAGUCAUGCAAUUUGGCCUUAGCAACACCCUGGCUGUGUUUAUGCGCUUCAUGAACAACAUAUUCCAUGAUUUGCUUGAUAUCUUUGUGGUUGUGUACUUGGAUGACAUCCUGAUUUUCUCAAACUCAAGAGAAGAGCAUGUGCAACAUGUCAAAGAAGUCUUAUCUUGCUUGCUGAAGCAUAAUCUAUUCUGCAACCCUGCCAAAUGCUACUUCUUUGUCACAGAAGUCACCUACAAUGGUCUUGUGAUUACUCCUGAUGGCAUCUCAAUGGAGAAAGACAAGGUGCAAGCAAUCAUGGACUGGCCUGAACCCCAAAAUGUGAAACAGGUGCAAUCAUUCCUAGGCUUUGCAAACUUCUACUGUUGCUUUGUCCCCAACUUCUCUUGCUUAGCACGCCCUCUGAAUAACCUUACUCAGAAAGAACAACCAUGGAUCUGGCAAGAGGAACAGAAGGCUGCAUUUGAUACAAUCAAGGCUGAGAUUUGCAAGGAGCCUGUUCUAGCUCACCCUGAUGAAUCUAAACCCUACACCUUGGAAACAGAUGCUUCUGGAGCAGCCAUGGGUGCUGUACCAUCUCAGAGAAAGGAAGAUGGUUGUAUACAUCCUGUUGCAUUCAUGUUAGCCAGCUUUUCACCCACUGAGCUGAACUAUGACACACAUGACAAGGAACUACUUGCCAUCAUUUGGGCAUUUGAGCACUGA